AGCAUGCAAGGCAACGACCGUCACCGAGACAAGGAAUCAAGGAGAACAUGGACAAAUGGGCGAGAUAUAUUCUACAAAUGCACUUUAUAUUUAUUCAUCUUUAGUCUGGAACUGAAGGGGAGCGCUGCGGCACCGGCGGACUCUGACGAGUUUGCCUUCUUCCAUGAGGGCGCCAAUGGGUGCCUCGGGGUGCGAGAUCACUCCCUCAUCCUGUCAUCCUCCUGCGAGGACGACAGCCAGCGCUGGAAGUGGGUAACGCGGGGUCGCCUGUUCAACCUGGGCUCCUCACUGUGCCUCGGCUUGACCACUGGCAACUACACCUCCAGGUGGGCCAAGUCUCCUCUGGGUGUGUACACCUGUGACCGCGAGCCCCCCAGAGUACGCUGGACCUGGAACUGUGCCCAAGUGCUGGAAAACCUCAAUACCUACCUUCCCUCGCCCUUGUUUUGGAACGCGUCCUCCACCUCCGCCCCUUCUAAAUGGUCACUGCAUGGUGGUGUUCGGGACCUGUGCACUAAAGCAUAUCGCGAGAUCUAUACAAUCCAGGGGAACUCUCAUGGUCGUCCCUGCUACCUGCCCUUCCUGUACGAUGGCCAGUGGUUCCACAGCUGCACCAGCAUCGGGCGUGAGGACGGUCACCUCUGGUGCGCCACCACCUUCGACUACGGGAAGGACGAGCGCUGGGGGUUCUGUCCGGUUAAGAGUAAUGGCUGUGAGACCUUCUGGGAUACUGACCCGCUGACAGACAGCUGUUACCAGUUUAAUUUCCAGGCUACGCUGUCAUGGAGCGAGGCUCGGAUCAGUUGCCAGCAGCAGGGGGCAGACCUGCUAAGCAUCACCAAGCUGCAUGAGCAGACCUACAUCAAUGGUUUACUGACUGGCUACAGUGCUGCUUUGUGGAUUGGCCUCAAUGACCUGGACAUCAAUGGAGGCUGGCAGUGGGCCGACUCCUCGCCGCUCAAAUAUCUCAACUGGGAGCAAGACCAGCCAAACCAUGCCGAUGAGGAGAACUGUGCUGUGCUUAGGACGGAGUCAUCGGGUCGUUGGCAAAACCGUGAUUGUUCAGUUGCUCUUCCGUAUGUCUGCAAGAAGAGGCCCAAUGCCACCCUAGACCCCUUCACUACUGACUCGUGGGCAGAUGAUGAGAAAUAUGAGUGUGACGUAGGCUGGCAGGCCUUUCAGGCAGGCUGCUACAAGCUGACUUCAGAGAAGAUUGACUGGGAUACGGCUCAGAAAACUUGCCAGAAGAUGGAAGCCAACCUGGUCAGCAUCCACACCCUCCCUGAGUUAGAGUUCAUCAUCCGCAACCUGAAGAAAGACAUUGACCAGCUAUGGAUAGGGCUCCACGACACUGAUAUGCAAAUGGACUUCCAAUGGACUGACCACACACCCGUCAUCUUCACCUACUGGCACCCCUUUGAACCCAACAACUUCCUCAACACUCAAGAAGAUUGCGUCUCCAUCUGGGGAGCUGCGGGCCGCUGGGAUGACAGCCCUUGUAAUCUGAAUCUGCCCUCCAUCUGUAAGAAACCGGGAACAAAGAGUGAUGGGAAACCGCAGCACCAAGAGUGCAAACUAGGCUGGAAGUGGCACAGUCCAGCUUGUUACUGGGUUCAAGAAGCUCUGGCCACCUUUGAUGAGGCCAAGAAGUCCUGUGAGAGUAAAGAUGCUGCCCUUGUUACUAUUACCAAUAGGUUCGAACAGGCCUUCGCCAGCAGCCUGGUGUUCGGUCGUUCUGGAGAUUUCUGGAUCGGCCUCAGUGAUCACGGCAGCGCCGGCUUAUUCCACUGGCUCAGCGGGGAUGUAGUGUCCUACACCAACUGGAACAGAGACCAGCCAGUCAAUGUCAGCGGCGGCUGCGUCUCCAUGGCGACGGGCAUCGCAACAGGUCUGUGGGAGGUGAAGGAGUGUGCGUCAUCGCAAGCGAAAUACAUCUGCCGUCAGAACCAGGGCAGCCCCGAGCCCCCCGCCCCUCAGCCCACCCCGAGCCUCAGCGGCUCCUGUCCCAGCGGCUGGAAGAGCAAGAGCGACCUACGCUACUGUUACAAGGUGUUUCAUUUCUCUCAGCUGGAGCAGAGGCUGAGCUGGCUGCAGGCUCACCUGUUCUGCAGGAAUCACGGAGCCAACCUGCUGAGCAUCAGCAGCCCUGAGGAGGAGCUCUUUGUUAUGCAAGUCCUCCAUGAGGAAUUCGGGGAUUCAGAGGACCAUGAGCAGCACUGGUUUUGGAUUGGACUGAACCGCAGGAACCCCAUGGACAAUGGCAGCUGGAAGUGGAGUGACGGACUGGCUGUCACGUACCAAAACUUUGGCCGCUACUACUACAACAUCCGGCAGUGUGCUGCAGCAGACUUGGGCACUAUGACCUGGCUGGCCAUGCACUGCGACUCUGAGUUAGACUGGAUCUGCAAGAUCCCCAGAGGUAGCACUGAGAAGGAAACAGAAGCCUCAGAAGGCAAGAGUUCACCAGAGUGGAUUGGUUUCAAGGAGGCCGAUUACAAGUUUUUUGACCACCGCACCACUUGGGACCAGGCCCAGAGGAUUUGCUCCUGGUUUGGAUCCUCGCUGGCCUCCGUUCACUCCGCUGAGGAAGAGGCUUUCCUGGCGAACACCUUACGCAAGAUGAAGGUGGAGGGUGACAGCUGGUGGCUUGGGCUUCACACCUAUGAUAAUGACGGCCGUUUCCGCUGGUCCGACCACUCUGUGCUCAAUUAUGUGUCCUGGGCUCUCGGGAAGCCGCACCCGCUCAGCCGUGAUCGCAGAUGUGUCCAAAUGUCCGUCAGCAAAGCGGAGUGGGCCGAUCAGAAGUGCCACUCUGACCUGCCCUACAUCUGUAAGAGAGUGAAUGUCACAGGCACCAUUCCUCCAACUCCAUCGUCGCCCCACCCGCCAUCAGGCUGUCCUGACGGAUGGGCCUCUUAUCAGCGUAAGUGUUUCAGAGUGUUUGACCAGUCAUCCCGGGUCAAAUGGUCUGCUGCCAAGGUGAAAUGUGAGACGCAGGGAGGUGUACUGGCAGUGGUGUCCAGUCAUUUGGAGCAAGCCUUUGUUACCACCCUGCUGCACAACACCAGUUCUGAACUUUGGGUGGGACUGACUUCAGACUCUAAAGGUCAUUUCCAGUGGGCCCAGCCUGGCCUGCUCAGCUACACCAACUGGGCUCCCGGAGAGCCACUCGACAACAGCGGACCACACCACAACAGGACCCCGGGGAACUGUGUGGUGAUGAUUCACGGGAACCCACAGAAGAACACUGGCAUGUGGGCUUCCCGAGCCUGUGAGAUGGAAAAUAAUGGCUUCAUCUGUCAAAGAGAGCAAGACCCAAGUAUCCCUCCAGCCCCAGCCCUGAUUCCUGCCUCCCUGUCAAAGCCUAUUGUGCUGGGUGGAGUAACAUACCGGGUGGUAGAGAAGCGCCUGGACUGGACCGGCGCUCUGCACCUCUGCGAAUCUUUGAAUGGGACCCUGGCUACAGUGAAGGAUCCCUAUCAGCAGGCUUACCUCACGCUGCUAAUCAACAACCUGCACCGGCCUGCCUGGGUUGCUCUCUACAACUACGGAGGACGGAGCUUCACCUGGCUGGGUGAAGAGGAUGUGGCAUAUUCAAACUGGAAAGAUGGGGAGCCCAAUCAGAUGGCUGGAUGUGGUCACAUGACCACUACUGGCCAGUGGACUAUGACUCCCUGUGAUGCUAAACUGGAGGCUGCUAUCUGUCAAAUUAGUGAAGAGCCUGUGAGUCACCAGUGGAUGUACCCAGGCCAUUGCCCCAACUCUCUGGGAGAGUGGGCAUGGGUAUCUUUCAGAAACCACUGUUACGCCUUUAACCUGCAAAAUCUUAAACUACAGCAGGAUGCACGCACAUCCUGUAUGAAAGUGGGAGCUGAACUUCUCUCUAUCUUGGAUGAGACGGAGAACGGCUUUGUAUGGGAACACAUCCAGAGCUUUGCAGAACAGGCACACGGAGCUUGGCUGGGCAUCAGCGUGAAAGGUAGAGGUCUAGUGUGGAGCAAGGAAACAGAGAUGUCGUACACCAACUGGGAGACACAUGACGUCGCCUUUUCUGUUCUGUCUCCGAACUCCUGCUUCUGGAUCCAGAGCAACAGUGGCCUCUGGAAGCCGGGCUCCUGCAGAAAUCGCACACACGGGGUCAUCUGCAAACGGCCUCGCAGUACUGAAUCCGCGGUUGUAACCAUAGAUGGAGACCACCUGCCCACUCUGAUUGUCGUAAUGGUGACAGGCCUGGUGCUGGUGGUGCUGAUCGUAGGCGUGAUCUACUUAUAUCGUCGGCGAACUGUUGGGUCCCGGGGGUCCUAUGAAGGUGCCCGCUACAGCCGUACCAACUCCAGCCUUGCUGAGCAGACAGAGAAGAACAUCCUUGUAUCUGACAUGGAACUGAACGAGCAGCCAGAGUAGCAGAGCCACCCUGGACCGACCGACCGACCCAGGACUGGAGUGGACUCGACCCGGGAGAGGCUGAUUACAAUGUGCUGACUCAGACUCUGAUACACAUUGUGACAUUUAUGUUUUUUUUGUUGUCUCUUAUGAAACCAAAAAAAAAAAGUUUUUUUUGAAGUGCUGAAGAGCUGUGUAGAGCACAGCGGAUGUCAAUUGAAUUUUUUAAAAUGAAGCCCCGGAUUCUCAAACCUCUCUCUUGCAAGACUUCACAGUUGUAGGACUUUCUUUCUCUCUAGACAAAUCAGAUCCUACACUACAUAAAGCUUUUAUCCAAAAGCAUUAAUGAAGGCCAUAAAUGGAUCCACUGGGAGUUUAGUUUUAUCGCAUCUGGAAAAGUUUGACAUAAAAUCAGUUUUAUGAAAUGACUCCACGCUGUCUUCCCUGGUGCCAAAGUAAAUUUUUGCACAGUGUAUAUUUCCUUUCUUUUUUCCAUUUUGAUUGAAAGACUUAUAAAGCAAGAACAAUGACUAUAACAGCAACAGAUUGACUCCUAACUAAAACCAUUCAUCUUUGUCAUCUAAAUAUCCACACAGUCUUCUUCAGGACCAAAUGCAUUUUUCAAUUUUGUAAUUUUUUUUUUUUUUUUUUUUGCCACGACAGUAUUUACCUGAACUUGAGGUGUGUUUGUUGUUCCACUGCGUUAAUGUAAUUUCCAUUGAUUUGCCAUUAUCUGUGCAGCUGUAGAGAACUUGUUACUGAUGAUGCAUGUGUGUUUUUUUGUGAGCCUGCCUCUCUCCUCUUUUCUCAUCUGACACGUCAGCACCAGCUGUCAGACGAGCAGAGGAGGAAGAAGUCCAAAUGUGAAUGUGUGGAAGGUGACAGGGACCAUUUUCAGUGGUGACCUCAAACCGUCUGAGGGCAGUACACUAGAAUUGUGCACAUAUAAGUAGAACUUAGCUUUGAAAGCUGGUCUUUAAAUAGACUACGUUGUCUUUUUGGUACAGUAGGACUGAAGGUUGUCAUCAAAUGAUCAGACUUUCAGCUUCCAUGGCUCUGUGUACAUUUUGGCACUUUUUUACUUUUAUCUUGAGCUAAUUCAGUCUUAGUCAUCCAUUUGCCUUUAGUAAUUAUCCACAAAGCUCAAUUCCUGCUCAUGAUUCCUUACUUUUUGUUUGUUUUGGCUCUUCAUGCCACCAUCUGGAGCUGAUGCAGCAUGUUUUAAGGGCAGUAAUUGUCUUUGUAUGCACCGUGAAAAAGGGUUAGUAAUUUGAUAUUUGUCUGAUUCAUCAUUUUUACGGACCACAGUUCACUUCUCUGUGUGUGUUAUCACUAGGAUAUUCUUCUGUCUUUUUGUCUUUUUAAUGAUGCAGGCUUCACUAUGUGUUUUGCUUUAAGUACGACUGACUGGUAAAGACAUUUGGAAACUUUCCUACUUUUAUGGGAUAAUUGCCAACAGUUGAACCUCUUUUGCCCCACAAAGAAAAACAUCCCUCAUGUGAAUGAUACCGUUGUAUAUAUGAGAGCCAAAGAAUGUUUUAAAAGUGAAUUCACUCUUUUGUAAGAUAAAUUCUCCUUCUUUUCAUUCUCAAAAUCAUUUCAAGAUUUCACAUUUUCAUUCAAGGUUAAUUUUUCCUACUCAAACAUUUUUCUUUUUCCUUCAACUCUUGCCUCUCUGAGAGCAUUUCUGUCUUCCUGCUCUGAGGAAUGCUUUGGAGCUGUUUCAGUCUGAGGCUUUUGGUGUUUCACUGAGCUGCAGUGAAGAAAAUAAAAAGGUUUUUUUUUUUUUUUUUUUUUUUUGCUCCACCAGUUGGACUAAGAUAGAGGGGGAAGGGAAGGGAAGAGGAGAGGGAGUAAGUAGGUGUGUGUGUGUGGAAGUGUGUGUGUGUGUGUUUGUCUGUGUGCGUGUGUGUGUCUCCAGCUGUGGAAUGUUGAGUCGGCAAGAAGAGCUCAGUGGCAUGUCUGGAACCAAUCAGAGAAGGAGGACUCAGGGACAUGAAGGGUCAGAACGGAGACUGAAAAAAAAGGAAAACUAGAUGGAGGAGAAAAGGGAAAAAAGGAGGAGUGUGAGGAGGAGUCAGGGACGUAGGGAGCAGAGCGAGGCAGGAAAGAUGGAGGAGCGUAGAGAGACCCUGAGGUUUGUCUCAGGCUUACCCUGUCCUCUGCUGGUCGUUUACUGUACAGGUCUGCCUCUAUAUGCAGUAGAUGUGAAGCGAGCGAGGUGGUGAUGUAAAGGUGUGACGACCCUUGAUGUGUUCCCCGUGAGAUCAUGUCUGUGACGCAGGCCAGCUCAUGUCCCUGUGAAGAUUACCUGAAGCACCUGUUCAACUUUUUUUUU